GACAACUAAUUAUCCAAAACUCAAAAUUGUAACGACCAUUCAUGGCUGAAGCUGUAAUGAGCUUCACCGUAAUCAAACCCACUGUUCAAUGUCACGCUACUAAAUUGGAGUUGCACUCUUUCACAAAAUCACUUAGGCACUGCUCAAGCUCAGCCUUCGGGAAUGGCAGGCACCAGAUUCAAAGUGGAAAGAGCAAAAGAAAUUGUGGUUUCAGAGUGAAGGCUCUCCCGGAUUGGCCAUUAAUGGCAGUAUUAGUUGAGCAUAUGGAAGGUCAAAGGGACCUCAUAACUCACAAAUCUGUUUGGCACCUUAGUGAUGAAGCUAUGAAGAAUGUUUAUACAUUUUACAUCAUGUUCACUGUUUGGGGAUGCUGUUUCUUCGGUUCAACCAAAGAUCCUUACUAUGAUUCAGAACAGUACAGAGGAGAUGGAGGUGAUGGUACUGGACAUUGGGUCUAUGAGAAGCAAGAAGACAUUGAAGAAGAAGCAAGAGCAAAGCUAUGGCGCGAGGAACUGAUAGAGGAGAUUGAACAAAAGGUUGGGGGUCUUAGAGAGCUUGAAGAAGCUGGGAAGAAGGAAGAGCUGGUCAAAUGAUCAUCUCAGUAUAUAUAUUAUGAACAAAUUUUAUGAUGCUUCUUGUUACGUAUAUAUGAUAUGAUUUUGCAGUUCCAAAAUACAGACUUUCACUACUUGCUGAGAAAAGCUAAUAAGAAAUAAGAAAUAUCAGUCAUUUGGAACAUGGUUGUUUUCCCUUCAA